AUGGCACUGCCCCGCCGCUGUCUCAAUUAUUCUAAAUUUCACACCUUCACCCCACGACUCUCUUCUUCCACUCUUCCAAUCACUCAUCGACUUCCAACUGUUCCUUCAUCCGUCAGAUCCUUCUCUUCUUCACCCGCAAGCAUGACCAUCAAGGCCUACUUCGACGUCGAGUACACCGACGCUGCUCUCGACAGAGCUCGAUCUGAUGCUGAACGAUCCGGCGGCAACGUUCCUCCUCCUAAGCGUGGCCGUAUCAACUUCAACCUCUUCGACGAUGUAGUCCCAAAGACUGCUGAGAACUUCCGUGCUCUCUGCACUGGCGAGAAGGGCUUCGGCUACAAGGGUAGCAAGUUCCACCGAAUCAUCCCUCAGUUCAUGUUGCAAGGUGGCGACUUCACCCGGGGCAACGGCACUGGCGGCAAGUCCAUCUACGGCGAGAAGUUCGCGGAUGAGAACUUCAAGCUUCAGCACACCAAGCCUGGUCUUUUGUCCAUGGCCAACGCCGGACCAAACACCAACGGCUCCCAAUUCUUCAUCACCACCGUCGUCACCUCCUGGUUGGACGGCAAGCACGUCGUCUUCGGUGAGGUUGCCGACCAAGAGAGCCUGAGAAUCGUCCAGGAUCUCGAGAAGACUGGUUCCGGCACUGGUCAGGUCAAGCUGCAGUUCAAGCCUACCAUCGUCGAUGCUGGUGCAAACUAG